AAAAAGCCUAAAAUUUUCAAGAUGGCGGCGGCUUUUUUAUAUUCGGCCACGGCCAACGCAGAUUCUGCAACGGCGUUGGCUGUGGAGAAGUAAAGAAAAUGUUUUUCCGAAAAUAAAAUAAAAAUCGCUUUAAUCCUCGUCGCCAGUAAAGAGGAGCAUUAUACCCAGAGUAAUACAAGAAGUAACAGAACAAUAGAAAUGACAAGUUUUGGAUGGAAGAGGAAAGCGGGAGAGAAGGUGUCGAAGGAAGCGUCUUCAAGCUUCGAGAGUAAGACGGGAGUACUUCAGGAAGAUUCUCCCGGAGACGAUGGUCAACAUGAAGACACCUUCUGGGAUGGUUUCUCCAAGAGAAGGAAGGUUCUGAUUCUCGAGGACUCGGCGAGCAAGAGCCAAAGAUUGAAAGCUGAGGGAGAGACACUGGCAGAUGCUGGCAGAUACUGGGAAGCUGUUAAGAAAUGGACUGAGGCCCUGCAGUAUACACCUUCUAAUGAAUUCCUCUAUGAAAUGAAAGCACAAGUUUUGAUGGAAUUGCACGAGGUGUUUCCAGCUGUGGAAGCAGCGCAACAGGCCACCGUCCUGGCUCCCCAAUGGUGGGUCGCAUACCAAACUUUAGGACGUGCUCAACUUGGGCUUGGCGAAAUCACCAUGGCUGUGAAAUCAUUCAGCAGAGCUGUGCAUAUGAACCCAGCCGACUCUGCUCUAUGGGAGGACGACCUGAGAUGGGCCUGCUCGCUGAGGGACCAACUCGAGACACGGACCAAGGACACGAAAGACCAGGACCAAAACAAAAGACCCGUCUUGAAGGAAGUCGAAUCUCGUAUUCUUAAUGAAGACAAAGGGAUGACCUCGUCACCCGUUGACUCUGGUAAUGAUGGUGAAUUGUUUUGUAGAGAGGGAUUCAGAUGAUGGCUUUGUCCAGUGUUGAGCAGUAAACUGACGUCAGCAAGUACGGUGUAGCAGCAGAAGGCAGUAAUGACAGUCCUGAUGAAGACCUGGGUAUCGCAUCCAUGCAUUUGACCCAAGUAGUGGUGGUGUUGCGGUUCUUUAUCCUGGAGAGAGAGAGGGUUUCAGAGGAAUACACUGUAAUACGUUGGGUGAGCCAAUGAUGCAGAUCGAACCAACGUUUAUAGCAUGUACCCCCAAAUAUGGUGACUACAAUAUUCCUUGUAAAGAUCCUUGAAACAAUUAGAACAUAUUGAACCAAGAAGUGGUGCCAAGAGUAUCAAAUAAGCAUGGUAUAAUAUAUAUAAAUGAUGUACAGAUGUGAGUGCAUCUGUAGGUUUUGUGAGCAUAAGGUAACUAUGGAACUGUUUAGAUAGACUAGUGUCCAUAGUUACUGCAUGCUCACUAGUCCUACCUAUACAGGAACAAACCUGUGUAUCAUUUGUUUUAUAGAAUGGAAUUUUUGGUUGAAUUUUUUUUGUAAUCAUGCAUAAGUAAAUUCUGACGCAUGGCUAGCCCUGCAUUCGGUAAAUUUGCCAUGCAUAAGUGAUUACCAGAUGCGUGGCAAAUUUACCGGAUACAUUGCUGGCCAUGUGUCGGUAAUGAUCAGUGAAGCCGCUUGAUAUGAGUACCGGUAGUCUUUAAUCCCUUUACAAUAAUACACUAUAGCUUUAGUGGAACACUGAGGUUCAAGGAAUCGAUUGCUUACAAUUAGCAAGUACAGUUAACAAGAUGAAAAGGCACAGCCGGAUAAAGUUCCUUUUAUGAGCCUCAGAAUUUGGGAAAGGUGCCUAAGGAAAUUAGCUCAUAAAUAUUUCCAAAAACAUUUAUAUAAAGGAGUGACUAUUCCGUGGUUGUAUUAUCAGAUUUACUUCAUAUUUCGUUUACCCUGAUACAAUUUAUAUUUCCCUUUCUCAGGAUAACGAGUUUUGUUGUUUGAAUGGAUUUCAUUUACCACUCUUGGCUUCUAAAUGUAUAUGCCUAUUGAAUACAUGUACCCUUACAAAUACAAAAGAGUAGCAAAUUAGAAAAAAUGUAUAUAUUUGUACACUAUUUGAUUCACAUCGUAUGUGCAAUAUUGACCCUUUUGUAAGGUCAAAACUUAAAAAUCAAAUUUUCUAUUUUCUUUUUAAAACUCUUUGUCCCGUUUGUUAUGAAACAUCAGACUGCAAAAUCAUGUUCAAAGGUGGUUUUACAAACCAUAAAUAAAAAGAUAGUUCCAUGACAUUUGCCCGGCGACAAUUGCUCCGCUCUAAAUUCCACACACUAAUCAAAUGACCAACUUUGUGCCCCGAGGUUUAAAACUAUAACCUUUCCUAAACCUAACAUAGAACCCUAUUUGAAUCCUAACCCCUACAUCUUAGACGAAAUUAAGCCCAGAACAAUUGUCGCAGGAGCAAAUGUUGUGUCACCUAAAAGAUCACAUUAGAACAAUGAUCGCAAGAACAAUUAAUGGUUAGAGGUAUUGUGGCUCAGUGGAUAAGUCUCUGAACUUUGAACCACAAUGACCGGGGUUCAAAUCCCACUGCAGCACUAGCGUCCUGUGGCAAGGCGUUAAUCUACAUUUGCCUCUCUCCACCCGGAUGAAGUAAAUGGUACCCGGUAGGAAGGAAUUCCUUGACUGCUGGAGCGUCUGAUCAGGAUAAACGUGCUAAUGCCGGGGUAAUAGUAUGCAGCGCUUAGAAACACUUGUAUUAAUGUUGCAUAAUAUUAUUAUUAUGAUAAAUGAUAAUUGCUGGGUUCAUGUGGCACUGUUUCCAGAGGGUAUGCGAUUGUAACCAUCAUUACCCAGGCUUUACCUGGAGCUGCCACUUCAUCAGAAGCAGCAGGAUGUGCGCCUUAACCCGUUGGAUACUGAAUGAUUUCACUAUAACGCAUGUUUUUCAUAGACCCCAGCCUUUAUAUUGGUCUCCAAGGGGUUAACAUUAGAGAGCAUGAAUAAGAUCAAUAAAUGAAUUAGCAUGAUUAUGUUAGUUCAUGUGGACAGGGACUCAAUUUAAUAAUUAUGCAGGGAGCAAUAAAAAGCUCUCCUAACACUUUAAAGGGGAGCAGUAGGAGAGCACUAUAAAAAGCUCUUGUAGCUCUUUUGUCUGAUUACAAAAAGAAUGGAGGAACGUACAUGAAGUUACAACCCACAACCAAAAGAGACAAGCAAUCAGAUAUAUACAAUAUAUAUUUCAAUGAACUUAUUAGUGUCAUUCUUGUAGUGUGUUUUAUUGCUUACAAUGUAAUUGUGUGUUAUUUCUAAAACCUUGACUGAGAAUGAGGUUUGGCUGUAACAAUUUGAUCAUUGACUGACAAUCUUGUUAAGUGAUCGCUGAGGUGAGCGAUAAAUCGCUCUACCUGAAAUGGAUCAAGGCAAGCGGUAGCAACUGAUCGCUCUUGCUCGCCUUAAAACUGAGUCCCUGUGUGGAGUGUCGACUUGAACAGAAACUGAACCAACAUUGGUGAUGGUAUUCAAUGGUAGGGGGGAGGAGGUUCAAUGUAAAUUAAAAUUUCAAAAUAAGAAUUUGAGUACUUGGUUACGAAGUAUGUGGGGUUAGCCAACGGUGCAUAUUGAGCCAACAUCAAGAGGUACCCCCGAAGAAGGGGACAACUACAAUUGAUGUAAAAUAUGUGGCAAUCAGGUAAUAAUGAUAAUAAUAAUUAACCACAUGUAAAGAGAUGAAUGUGAGUUGGUACAAAUAUAUUACUUUCUGUUUAAUUGCAAAUAAAUUGAUGGAAUAAAAUGGGUGACUUAGUUUGUUGACUUGAUUUUAC